AUGAGCGGCAGAGGUAAAACCGGCGGUAAGGCGAGAGCGAAGGCCAAGACUCGCUCAUCCAGAGCUGGACUGCAGUUCCCCGUCGGUCGUGUUCACAGACUUCUCCGUAAAGGCAACUAUGGUGAGCGUGUCGGUGCCGGUGCUCCCGUCUAUCUGGCCGCAGUGCUCGAGUAUCUGACCGCUGAGAUCCUGGAGUUGGCCGGAAACGCCGCUCGUGACAACAAGAAGACUCGCAUCAUUCCCCGUCAUCUGCAGCUGGCGGUGCGCAAUGACGAGGAGCUGAACAAACUUCUGGGCGGUGUGACCAUCGCUCAGGGCGGCGUGCUGCCCAACAUCCAGGCUGUGCUGUUGCCCAAGAAGACCGAGAAGCCCGCCAAGACCAAAUAA